AUGGAGAGACUGAGAUUUUCUGCUGUUCUCUGCUUAAUGAUCCUGACAGUGAAAAUUGUUGGUUUAAAAGGGCAUGAGCUGAAAAAUGAUACUGCACAAAGUCAAAGACAUGGUAAUAUUACCUUAGAAACUUUGUCUCGUCAUAAGGGGAAUAAGGAGUUAGAAGUGAGAGGGAAACACAACAAUGAAGUUGUGUUCAACGCAAGCAAAGGUGGCUUGUAUAAGAGAGGAGGAGGUGGAAGAGGAGGAUUUAAAUGGGGGUGGGGUGGAGGUGGAGGUGGUGGUGGUGGUGGUGGUGGAGGUGGAGGAGGAGGUGGCGGCGGUGGUGGAUGGGGAUGGGGAGGAGGAGGAGGUGGGGGUGGUUGGUGGAAAUGGGGAUGUAGAAAUGAACCAAGAUCACAUGUUAUUAGGGGCGUGAAACAUCAUCAUCAUCAUCAUCAUAAUGAUGCAUACAAGGAGGAAUAUAGGUUAGGAGAGUUUGCACAAUGCAUGACAAGAACAAGGUGCAAAGGUAUGAGGUUAGAUUGUCCUCUUCACUGUGGUGGACCUUGUUUCUAUGACUGCUACCAUAUGUGCAAGGCUCAUUGUCGCCGCCAACCAUGA